GCUGCGUCGGCAGUCUGGCCGCGCGCGCGCACCUCGCCGCCCGUCACUGUGACGUCACAAUUAUCUAUACACUUUACAUGUGGUGAAAAACUGAAGUGCAGUGAAUAUCAAAAUGGCAACGCUAAGAUUUUUGUUCAGUUUAUAUCUGUUACAUACAGUGAUAGCUAAAGGAUCAGAGCCUCAGAUCCAAUGCACGCCGGAGUACAUGAAGGUGACGGUGCCCAUGGAGGAGGGGCGCGACGUCGCGCAGAUCUACCUCGACCAGCUCAAAGACUACACGCCCUGCGAGCCGAUCGUCCAGGACGGCGCGGCGACGUUCCUGCUGGACCUGCAGGACUACCACAAGUGCGCUGUCACCAGGAUACUGCACAAGCUCACUGGCAAGAAGACGUACUACCACAAGAUCGUGAUCGAGGACAGUCAAGGCGGGCGGGACACUCUCACGGUGCGCUGCAAGAUGGCCGGCAAGAGAGUCACACGGCAGGCCGGCGAACCCUUCCCGCUGGACUUCAAUGAACCUGACGUUCUCAACAUCACGCGGUACGUAGAAGAGCAUGCACCAGAGCUGGUGAUCGGAGCUGUAGUCAAGCAGAAUGGAAAACAAGUAUCCGGUGAGAUCUCCGUGAGCCCGGGAACUCCUCUGAUGAUGGAGAUCUUCCUGAACGAGGAGUCGGCGAAGGUGUACGGGCUGCUGGUCAACUACAUGCACGUCACCGACACUGGCAAGCAGCAGGAGACUAUUGUGUUCAAUGGGUGCUCCGUAGACCCGUACCUGUUCGACAACUUCAUGACAGUGGACGGCAGGAACCUCACCGCCAAGUUCCGCGCCUUCAAGUUCCCCGACACCACCUACGUGCAGUUCAAGGGCACCGUUACUGUCUGCCUGGAUAAGUGCCAAGGGGUGCAAUGCACAAACGGCGCAACAGCGUACGGUCGGCGGCGGCGCGCGGUGGUGUCCGGCGCCGACGCCAACAACCUGUACGAGGUGUCGCUCACCACCAUCAUCAAGGUGGACUGGGCUGACGGGGAGAGGAGGGAAGCUGAGGAAGUACUAGAGAUGUUCAAGAACCUGAAAGUGGCGAACCAGAUGCUGGGAGACAUGGACGGUACCCCCGCCACAGUCGCCGAGCAGACCGGGAACACGCUCAUUAUUCACGCAGAGGAGGUCGUGAACUCCGCACACACACUGGCAGUCAGCUGCGCGACGCUGCUCGUCGGUCUAGUGCUCGCGUUGUACAAAUAAACGAACAUAGACUACUAACACGGCUUUAAUGUGCUGAAGUGAAAAGUGGAGGAAUAAUCGAAACUUUUGAUAAGACUUUAGAUGUAGUGCGAAAUAUUGAAGACGACAAAAUAAUCUUAGUAAAGGAUUCUUUAAUUAUUUGUGAAUUUCAAAAGAAACAAGUCUAAAGUCUAGAGAGUGAUCUCCAGUUUUACUUUUUAACUGAAUUUUAAAAGGUCAUAUAUUUUUAAAUGUGCCUUAUCUUUUGCUAACGUUCUUCCAUAAAAAGGUUUAUUUGUGUAGGCCUAAAACAAUUAUUUAAUUUUAACACUGCUGUCUAACUAUAAUGUGCUAACGCAUUUAAGCUCACUAGUCUUAAUAAUACGGCUCAUCAUGUGAACAAUUUCAUUCCAUUUUUCUUUUCUUUGUUGCUCACGGGGUAGGGAUAACUUUUUGAACAUUUUACAAAGAUUUGUAAAAUCUUCAAAAAACAGGGAAAAUGGUCUCAUGUGGGGUGUUCUUUUAUGUUUACCAGUGCUUUCAUAAUACUGCCAUUUAGUCACAAUUACCUUCAUCUGAAACUCACUUAGCUUGUAAGUUUAUUAGGAGAUCUACUGCCUCUUAAUUUAAGUCACGGACAGCUAUCGCAUAAGACGACUCUACAUUCUCACAUAAAAAAUUCUUGAUUUGGGCAAAUAAUAUUUCCCCAAAAAUAUUGCUGUCCUUGUCUUACAAGGCGGAAAAGCCACUUGAAAGAUAAAGAUAGCGAUAGACAUUUUUGUGAUUAUGUAGAGAUAGCGUCUAAUGAUGUACUCGACUGGUUACCAAGUAUUUCCCUCCUGUUUGAGUGAAAAUACUACUGCGUAGUAUAUUCUGGUGCUCGACUGAUAUUCAGAUUGUGUAUGAUAAUAUUGUAAAAGUAUUAACGAAAUAAAGACUAAAAUUAU